AUGUUUCCAGACUACAUGUACAGGCAGUUGGCACAUGCUACACUGCACGACUCACCAAACAUACAGACAGGACUAUCGAAGGACUUCCCCAUCACAGUCGGCGUCCAUCAAGGUUCUGCAUUAUCACCACUUCUGUUCAUUCUCGUAGUGGGCACCAUGACAGCUGACCCGCGGCUGCCAUUACCACGGACCCUACUUUGUGCUGACGACGUGCUGCUGGCAGCAGAAAACGGGCUUGAUCUGCAGAGCCUAACUCAAGAGUGGAGUGACCAGUUGGCGCAGCAUGGUUUACGCCUUAAUUUGAAGAACACGGAGUACAUGACAUCAGACACACACAAAAUGGGAACCAUCACGAUUAAUGGUGAAGAUCUGACUCGUGUGAGGAAGUUUAAGUAA